GGCGACACAAUUUCGGCGGCUGAGGCGACACGGCAGCGGUGAGCCAAGCGUCCAGGUGCGGUGGGAUGGACGGCGGCCGCCGCGGCCGCGGGAGGAGGCAGGCGAUAGAGAAGGAGCUGAAGAAGCUACGGGAGGAGCGGGAGGAGCUCGACGGCCGGAUACGGCUGCUGGAAUCGCAGCUCGAGGUGAGGCCUGAGGGAGUGGACGGUGCGGCGGCGGGGGAAGGAGUAGUGGACGGCUCGUGCGACGGAAGCGUCGCGUGCCGGAGACGCAGGGGGAACGGGUUUGCGCCGGACGGUGGUCUUCCCGCGGACAUGAUCUACCGGUACAGCCGUCACCUCCUCCUCCCGGACUUCGGGGUCAAAGGCCAGCGAAAGCUGUCACAGUCGUCGAUUUUAGUGGUCGGCGCCGGAGGUUUGGGCUCUCCCGUGGCAUUGUACCUAGCAGCCUGUGGUGUCGGUUGCUUGGGCAUUGUGGAUGGCGAUGAUGUUGAACUGAAUAACCUUCAUCGACAGAUAAUCCACAAAGAAGCAUAUGUUGGACAACCAAAAGUGAAGUCAGCAGCUGAUGCUUGCCGGGAGAUUAAUUCCUCUAUCAAGGUGGUAGACCAUCACCAUACUCUGAAGCCGUGCAACGCUUUGGAGAUUGUGCGGAAAUAUGAUAUAGUUGUUGAUGCAACUGACAACCUUCCUACUAGGUAUAUGAUCAGUGAUUGUUGUGUUCUACUGAACAAGCCACUUGUAUCCGGUGCAGCAUUAGGUUUAGAAGGGCAGUUGACUGUUUAUCAUCACAAUGGAAGUCCAUGCUAUCGGUGCCUCUUUCCAAGUCCACCACCUGUGGCAGCCUGCCAGAGAUGCUCAGACAGUGGUGUUCUUGGGGUUGUUCCGGGAGUAAUUGGCUGUCUACAAGCUCUGGAGGCUAUAAAGGUUGCAACUGCCGUUGGUGAACCCCUAUGUGGAAGGAUGCUACUCUUUGACGCACUUUCUGCUCGUAUUAGAAUUGUUAAGCUUCGUGGAAGCUUGCCAGAUUGCACCAUUUGCGGCGAAAAUUCAGUUUUCACAGAACAAGAUUUUCAGAAGUUUGACUAUGAGAACUUCACGCAAUCACCAAUGUCCGAUAAGACAGCACCAAGUGUGAAUCUGCUCCCCGAGAACGCCCGGAUCACUAGUAGAGAUUACAAAAGAUUGGUUGAUAAUGGCGCACCUCAUCUGUUAUUGGACGUACGCCCCACACAUCACUUCCAAAUCGCUUCGAUUUCUCCAUCUAUGAACAUCCCACUCUCCAUGUUGGAAGAGAAGCUGCCCACACUCAAAACCUCGCUGAAGGAAACAGGAGCAGCAUCAGCCUCGGGUAAAGAGCCUGCCUUGGUUGUUCUGUGCAGAAGGGGCAACGACUCUCAGAGAGCCGUCCAGCUUCUCCGUGAGAAUGGGUUUGCCUCUGCGAAGGAUAUCAUUGGUGGGUUGCAGGCAUGGGGACAAGAUGUUGAUCCUGAUUUCCCUGUGUACUAGCGAAAUGGAUGUAACAAUUAACUGGUGUUUAUGAGGCUUUACUCAAGGUCCAACCUUUACAUAGUGCUGAGCUUGUGGAGAUGAGUUUGAGAAGAUUGAGUCCCACGUGGUUAGCUGUUGUUCUCAGCUUAGGAGCCAUUGUCUUAUUUGAGCUAUCUUUGUAACAGUUUGAAUGCAGCGAGAGAUGCUACUGUGCAAGAACAGUAAUUCCAAUUAUUAUCAAUUAAGUAGUAGCAUUAUUCAAAAAUAUUAUGGAAGGGGUGAAUGUUAAA